CCAUAUUUUUAAUUUGUGUGUUUGAUGGAGAUUCUAAAAUAAAGGCUGAAUAGAUAGAUCUUUCAUAAUUGCAACCAUGUUACAGUUACAGUGUUGAUGAAGAAUAUGUAAUGCAAUAUUCCAAACAGAUUCAAAAUGACUCUAGCUAUUGAAGUUAUAGCAGUACUUGCUGUAGUAUUUUUACUAUUAUUCUUGCUAUAUCGUGAGAGGCAUCAAAACUUGGUGGGACAUGCCCCAGUAAAUAUCGGAGAUGUGCAUGGGAAUGUCAUUGUGAAUCAACACCCAUCUUCAAGUACUCUCAUUCAAGAUGGACAAAAUAAUGAUCCAGAUGAUAACCAAGAAAAGUCCUCAAAGAUAGAUGAAGAUGACAAAGAUUCAGAAGAAAUUGAAGAAACCCCAUUUAAGGUCAGCACAAAGGCAAAAUGUCAAAACGAAAGAACAUCAGGACUACGAAGACGACAUAAAGGAACAAUUUCAGAACCUUCAGAAGAAGAACCAAAUAAGGAUCGAGUUUUCAGUACUUCAUCUCGUGUAGAAGAUAAAAAGAAAAAACCCGAAUUAACCCAGUACUCACCGCUAAAGGCAAUGACACCACCUGAUUCUGACAAGCAAAUCUGUAUUGAAUCUGCCAAAGUUGAGACAGAUAUGCUCACUUCAAAGUCUUCUGAGCAGCAAGACAAAUCCCCAACACAGGUUGGGAAAAUGGUAGUUGAAGCUUCAUCUGAUCUAGGAAUAGCUGAGCCAGAAGAUAUUGAAUGCAAAACAGAUGAAGUGAUAAAACCGUGGGAAUUUGUUGUUGGAAGAAAAGGCCGCAGAGUAAAAGCACCGUAUUGCCAUCUUGAAUUUCCACCAGGUGCUGUUGAUGAGCCAUUGAAGGUUACAAUGGAACCCAAUUACAAGAUGCAUUCUCCUUCCGAAAAAGAAGUUCUCAUCACACCAUAUGUUGACUUCAAAACAGACAAAAAAAUAGAAUUUGCAGAAGACAUCAAAAUAUCUCUUCGAACAGGAUAUACUUGCACCGGAAAAAAGAAAAUACCGGUUAAAAUCCUGUGGAGAGAAAAUCGUUCUAUGCCCUUGCGUUGUAUUCAAAAGUCGAAUUUGUACCAUGAAAAAUUUAUUUCGUUUACUGCACGACACUUCUGUGGGCACUGUGUCUCGGCUGAACAAAAGGAUUUUCAUGACAUGAGUCGUUACUAUUUUUUUGCUGGCUAUGUUCGUGAACCAGCAACAGCCACUCGAAUAUUUCACUGGAAACUUUUUCAAGAUUGUCCACUGCUUUUUGAACAAAAGUGCACAUAUUUGAAGGAUAAAAAAGUUGUAAUUGAUCCAGAGAGCUUUGUUGUGCCAUAUGACCAUACAUUACAAAUGAGGAUAGAAAAUGGCGACAUAAAAACAAGUAAUGAAAAUCACAAAGAUUAUUCCCUGACCAAUAUGUGGGGAAGUAGAGUUGAUGAAACAAGUCAAUUCGAACUAGAAAAUAGAUCGGGAAGAGAAGAUGUGCAUCUCCAAGUCAAAUACAAAAUCUUCGGGAUUCACAACCGUAAUGGUCCUCGUAUUAAAAUCAAAGAAAAUCACUUUUUACUGCAUUGGGCCAAAAUUCCCACUACUAUGCCUCACACUAUAAAUGUGCUUGGGGAUAGAGCUACUGGCAUCAGCUUCAAUUCGCUUCCAGAAGGUGCUUGUGCAACUGGACAGCAACAAAGUGUUCAGCAUCAGAUGUCCAAUGUAAGUGAUGCAUCAUCUGGGUAUGGAUCUCCACCUGUUUCGGCUAGAACUUUUUCUGAAAGUUUCAGGGAAGGUCGAAGUUCAGCUAGAAGGCAAGAUUCAGGCUUGGAAAGUUUCAUUGAGGAAGAGUCUGUUGAAACAUCUCCCAAGAGUCCUGAUCGACAAGAUAGUGUCUUCGAGUCUAUGAACGAAACUCCACGCCCUUCUGCUCACAGCACACCGGCAAGAGUUUCAAGGGCAGGAGAUGCACCCAACUCACUCGCAGAAAGUAAUCGACCAGAAGAUGCUUCAACUGAAGUUUCAUUAGAAGAGUUGGAUUGGUCUUUUGGCGAAAUGGCGUCUAACAGCCAAGAAUCUUCGAGCAUUUCUCCAAAUACAAAUGCUCAAGUCUUAGAAAGAGAUGAGUCUCCCACCAAUAAAAGUCUAUUUCCUGAAGCUGCUGCUACUUCAGCAUCCAUAGCUUCAUCAGAACGAAGCUCACAAAGUUUAGCACACCCAACAUCCAAAGAUGAACUAGAUGGGCAAUCAAUAAGUGGUCGUACUGUUGAUGAAAAACUCCAACUUCCUGAAGCAGAUUCAGACAUACCAACAGGAGUCCAAGAGCAGCAGAGUAUAUUGGAAAACAAUCACCAACGAGUUAGUGAAGAGGUGCAAGAAGAAGUCGAAAUUAGAGAUGGAAGCAGAAAUAGUUCUCUUUCUGAUCCAGACUCUCUAGAGGACGAGUGCUCGGAAGUGAUUGCUGACAACAGCUGUUCUUCCUCAGCCUCAUCUAUUGAAUCAGCAAAAAGUUUUUCCAAUUAGAGUAGGAUCAUUUUCUUAAGAGUGAGGUUACUAUACCAUCAUAUGUCGUCAAGAUUAGGAAGGCACAUCCACUCGCCAUUAGUCACUAAUGUUAUUAAUAUUUUACAGUGAACUAAAGCUAAAAGUUCUGUUGAAAAGCUCGAUGUAGAAGAAAGAGAAAGACUGAAAUGGCGACAUUUUAGUUUCAACCCUCAAAACCAAUUUCAACUCCUUGCUUGCAUCAUUCUACACGAUCACUGUCCGUUCGCAGGGACGUUGUAAUUCACCGAAAGGUGGAUUCAAACAUCAAACCACAAACCUAAUUCUGGAUAUAGUUUGAGUGUGAGAGCUGAUUUUCCACUGUGUCCCAUAUCCCAACGUGGCUCACCUUCCCCUAGAUUUCUAGCUAUGUUUGGUAGAACCUCAGGCUAGAGUAGCACCGAAAUUUCAAAGUCAUUAUAAUCUGGGUAUGGGAGUAAUUACAAUGCUCAAAUACAUUGAAACACAGGUCAAAUGACUAAUAUUUCCAUCACAAUGUCUGCAAAUUUCCAUCCAAAUGUGACAGAAACUGUACCGAAUGUCUUAUGUAAGUGUACCUGUGAAAAGAUAAUGAUGAAAUUUGAGCUUGAAUAUUGGUCCCUGUACGUACACCUCAGAAAAAAUGAAAUAACCAAAGUAUUGGCCUCCCAUCAAGUUCUUUCUUUUUGAAUCACUGGAAAUUUGAAAUUGAUUUGUUUAGGGUUGGCUCAUGACUAUUUAGAACAGGGUGGGCAAAAUUACGGCUUGCAGGCCGGAUACUGCCCACCAAAGUGUUUCGUUCGGCUCACUUGUGCCUUCUGAAAUUUUUUUUCUCCUGUAACAGAUACCUAUUGCAUUACAUCAGUGGUUGAAACGAGCAAGCAGGCGAUUGUUAUGGUCGCCAGUUGUUUGUAAAUAAACUGUUUUUCAUUUAUAGUUUCAUAUUGUGUUUUCAACCUCUGUGCCCAGUACCAAGUCUAUUAUCUGUGAGUGGCCCACUUAGGAAAGUAAUUACCCACCCCUGAUCUAGAAGCAUGUGGAUGUUUUAUGUUUAUUUUUCAUCAUUAUUGAACUUUGUCAUUUUUCAACUCAGUUUUAUAUGUAAUUUUGUUUGGAUAAAUUGUAUAAACUAUAUUUUCGAGCAAUACUCUCUAUUCUAGUUGUGCGUGUACUGAAAGCAUUAAUUAUCACAUUUUUUAAAUCUUUUUCAUCCUCAUAUUUUCAGCUCAAUUCAAGUGGUUUGUGCUAUUUUCUUAUUAGUUUUUGUACUCAAAAAAUGAAAUAAUCUGUAUAAAUUUGGUCCUAUUUUUUUGUGAAUUGAAAUUGUUUAUAUUUGUAUAACACCGAGUGUUUGGAAAGCAUUGUUUCAUCUCUCAAUUUUAUUUUUAUAUAAUCAAACGUUCAAAUGUAUUUGUUGAAUAAGUGACUUUUUAGUUUUUAGCUACUGUACUUUUUCAAAUAUAAACUGAGUAAGUUCUAUGAACUCUUAAGAUGUCGCAAUCUACUUUUGACUGCUCCGCCAGUGCUUGGCUAGUUAAACGAGCAAUACUGGAAUCACCCGGUCGCUUAAACAUUAUCAUACACCAAAUUUUAUUGCUAUGUGAUGUCCGGUUGUUCCACCCAUAAUUUAAUGUUAAACUCUAUUACAGGUGUUGCUAGAUGAUACAAUGGUACCAGUACUGGUUUAUCGCAUCUCUUAUCACCCGGAAUGGCAAUUUUCUACUUCAUUCUCUAUAUACAAUAUGUACUUUCAGUAUGGUGAAAAAUAAACUGCUGAUUAUUCUGCUUGGGCCCAAUUUCGUUUGGUGCCAUCCAUGAGUAUCAUUAAUACUACUUCUUAUGAAGCUGUAGUUCCCAAACCGCGGUCCCCGGCCAAUUGCAGCCUGUGUAACGAUUUAAUAUGGCCCGCCGAACUUAAGUGAAAUAGUUCAGCACUUUUUUCGUUAACACGUUUAACUUUUUUUUUAUAUUCUAGAUACCGCCAAUUUAUAAGCCCUUAUCACAGUUUAAGAAUGUGUAUAUUGGUAAAAAUUCAGUUUAGUACCUGACAAUUGGGUAUCUCAAUUAUACAUAACAGUACCACUAUCAGGCCUUUGCGGGCGCUAUC